AGCAAUAUUAAUAUAAAAAUUAGAAGAAAAAAAAAACUAAAAAUUAACAAAAUGAGCUGAGUUCGAGCUAGCUCGAUGAAUCCACUUGAGCUUGAGCCCAGAAAAUGAAAGCUCGAUGAGCUCUAGAUCGCAAAACUGGACACGAGCUUGAGCUUGAGCCUGAAAAUUCUGGCGAGCUCGGCUCAUUCGGACCCCUAAACACGUACGAGGCAAUCAGUUUAUAAGUAGACUUGUAUUAAUAUAUUGUUUGGGGAUUAGGUUACGGAGCUAUUAACUGAAAACGUAAACGUCUACGGGAGGAACGGGAGAAACUCGACAGCCCUCGAUACAGUGACGGAACUUCCAACUGAAAUGAACACAAGAGCUUUACAAAUCUUACACCGUGGCCCAAGAGGGUCAGCCUAUGCUGAUUUAGUUAUUACAUCAGAUCAUAGGUCGCGGGGUAUAAUAUCGAAAUUCAACCGAUAUCUAGAGUCGGGUUUGUCACAUGAGAUGCGAAGCAACCUCCUAGUGGUGGCAGUUCUGAUCGUCACCGCCACUUACCAAGCUGCGAUAAACCCGCCUGGCGUCCCCACCAACAACCAUGCCCCCAUCAGCGACAGAUCCGAAUACUUUGGAUUCAUAACAUCUAAUUCUAUUGCAUUUGCACUAUCGCUCGGAAUGAUCAUGUUGAUGCUCCCCGUACGCCCGUACAACAUUCUUCUCCACGUGUCUCUGUACUUCUUGAUGUGCAGUUACUUGUCGGGGAUGCACAUUACAUGGCCGCACUCCGCACGCAUCUUAUCGAUUGCUAUUUUUCUUUUCAUGGUGGUUUCAAUUACGAAGUGGAUAUUUGUGUUGAAUGAACUAUUUGGUUGCUUCACUAAAUAAGAAUAAUUAGUAUUAGUGAGACGGACACACGGCAUGGUAGAUCCGACGCAAAUAUAUAUUGUUACUAAUUCUCAUAUUACGUCACGCGUAGUUAUUGUCAGUAGUUGAGCUUAAUCGAUUCACAUCUUUGAAUAAUAUUUACAAAUUGAAAGGACUUUCG